UAAAACAAAAGGCUGAAUACUGGAAAAAAAGUGUGCGAAAAAAGUGCGUACCUACUUACCAAAAAAAAAAAAAAAUUGCUGGAAAAAAAGACCAAGAUAUCGAAAAAAGAACUGCAUAGUUAAAUAAAAAAGCUCACAGCUGAAAAAAAUAUAUAUAAAAUUAAAUUUAAAAAAAAACGGUACCUGCUGAAAUAAAAAUAAAGGCCCUACAAAAAAAAGGGAAGAGGCGAAUCAAAAACCGGCUUAGCGGCAGUGAAGACCCCAGUACCAACAACAAAAGCGGAUAGCAGCAACGGCAGCGACAGGAUACAGGCCAUUUCAGGCGGUACAGUCCCGACAAAAAAAACAGGUGGUACCCAGGAAGCAAAUGGACAGACGUGAAAUGGAAGUCAAGCAAUGCCGCUUGUGCUGCCGCUACCACCCGCUUAGAUUUUGCCACGCGUUCCGCGCUAUGACGCCCGAUGAGCGGUAUGAAUCCGCGCGAAUACACAAAUAUUGUGUUAAUUUGUUUGGCCACCUCGCAUACCACAGGCGCAUGUAGCUCAGCUGACAGCUGCCACCGGUGUGGGAUGGCACACCACACCAUGCUGCAUCGUCCAACGGCAUCGCCACCGGAACGCCAUUGCCGCGCCAAGUCACGUACACAAGUCCCCCGCGGACCAUCCACACUCGCCAGCCGUGUGGUCAAAUCACCAGCAAGUCGGGCCCCAGGUGGCCGCAACCAAGUUGAACGGCGCAUUCGGGACUUAUUCGACCGGGCCAGGGUGACGCUCGAGAAGUUGCAGGAGUUGCUGCACGUUGCACCGGUGCAGGCGGGCCGGCAUGUCGAGGACAUGAGCGCCAAUUUAAUAGAAUUUGACUAAUCCUUAUAUGUUUUUUCUCAUUUUUCAUAUUAUGCGUGCGGCCGGCAACUUUGUCAUUUAUAUUAUUGUGAAUUAAUUUGGAAUUUGGAAAGUUGGAUUGCCUUGUUGUAAGCGGUGUCAUGGGGUGACCUGUGCCCGCAAUUAAGAAAGUUAAGUACUUCGUAUUCAACUACCGCCGUGACCGCAUCGCACUCGUUUUAUCGGAUUACCUUCUUUGAUUAAGCCACUUGGGCAAAAUUGAAUUAAUUUCUUCAAGUAGUAUUGUAUUGCUUAAAUCUCGCGAAUAAACAAUUGUAUAUAUUUGAAUUAAAUCCAAAA